CAACGGUCCGUGCUGUCCUCUUUCAAUAGCUUCCUGGACAAGGGCGGAUUCACCUGGCUGAGCGUCCAGAGGAUAAAAGCAGCGGGCAAAGCGGAGCACCCAGAGGGGGCAACAGAGUGGCAGCAAUGAAUCUCCUGCUGGGCAGCCUUCUCCUGGCUGGCGUCUGCCGGCUUGGAGCCAUAAGGGACAUCCCCAUCGUGCCAAACUUCGAUAACCAAAGGAUUGCCAAGACUUGGUAUCCUCUUGCGUCCGUUCCUACUGGACAGAUGGUGACUGUGGCCUUCCCUGUGUUUCAAUUUGUGGCCCUACCAAAUGGAAACCUGAAGUACAGACUUAGAAUUCCCCAAAACGGCAUAUGCAAGACUGAAGAGAUAAUGAUGUAUAAAGAGGGCCGGCCAGGGUACUAUGUGACCAACGCCCCGAGUACCGUUCGCUUUGUGGAAACGGAUUACAAUACCUAUUUCAUUGCGCACCUCACACGGGGUGCCAGAAAGUUGGAUACCUUCCUGGCGCUUGCCGGCACUCAGCCCAACCUGACGCGGGCUUUGAGGGAGAAAUUGAAGACUGUUGCCAUCUCUCUGGGGAUAAUUCCAGAAAUUGUCAACAGCGUCCAGCUAGAAACCUGCUAAAAGCUCAAGGCAGAGAAGUAGAGAUUCGGGCUAUUACAAACCCCCAUCCCAGUGGGGAAAGGACGAAGACCCCGUCUCUGCUAAAAGGGCCCCUGCGCCUAUCUCUCUUCCUGCCAGCCAGAGUGCCGAUGCCAAGCCUUGCUUGUCAAAGUGCAAAUAAAACACAGGAAACAAAAGAAUUGUGUGUGCUUUUCCUCAUUG